CCACCCCACGAACUCCUUCCGUCCCGUGAUCCCGCCCAAAGCACCCUGGUAUCCUGAACUAACUUGAAGCUCUCCGUUCGGAUCCCUCAUUGUCGCCACAGCAGCAACCUAUACACACAGGGCACAAGGCAGUAGAAUCGCACAACAUACAUUUCAAGUAACCCACGAGUUGUGGACCUAUGGAUGACAGUCACGUAGUCGUUGCGCUCAUAGAGAAUCGUGCACGCGAGGUAUGCACUACCUGUUGUUUCUUUCACUACUUCGCAUUUCGUUCAAACUGAUAUGUCUGUUGCACGCGUAGGUCGGACUUGCCGCCUUGGACCUCAGAUCCGCAACUCUCCACCUGAAUCAGUACAUCGAAAGCAGCAAGUCGUACCAGAACACGCUGACUUUGCUGCAGUAUUUCAAGCCAACUGAGAUUAUCGUUCCAGCCCGAAUGGCAGACUUAGCGGAAGGAAUUGGCGGAGUCAUGGCUCUUGCUUCACAUUCCUCCUUCGCAGCAGCUCGCAAGGUGACCAUGGCACGUGGCUGCUUUGACGACGUCAAGGGUGCUUUACUCGUCCAAUCUUACACCAAUGGAAAAGCCAACGGCACGAACGUGGAUAGGCACUACAAGGAGUACUACCUCUGUCUAGGUGCUGCAGCUGCACUUUUGAAGUGGGUUGAAAGCGAGAAGUCAGCAGUGAUCAUGCAGAGGUCCCUUCAGGUUACUUUCAACGGCUCCCUCAACCACUUGUCAAUAGAUGCGACCAGGUACGUGCAUCAGUUCAUUUUUCUUCGUUGCUCAGUUGUUAACAUCAUUCGCUUUGUGCAGCAUACAAAAUCUGGAGGUGAUUGAACCACUGCCGGGAAAUUCAGAGAGAGAUGGGAAGAAAAAAGCCAGUCUUUUUGGUGUCCUGAAUUCAACAAAGACAUUGGGCGGGGCACGGCUUCUUAAAGCAAAUCUUCUCCAGCCGCUGAAGGACAAGGAAACAAUAAAACUGCGACUGGAUUGCUUGGAGGAAAUGAUUAACGAUGAGUCGCUGUACUCAGCAGUGUCAAGCAUUCUUCAGCAAUUCCCAAAAGAUCUUGAUCGUAUUGUGACAAGCUUUGCAUUUCGUCCACGCAAAGUUGCCGAUGAUGGCACAACUACUAGAAGAAAUAUGGUGGUGCUUUCAAGCAUCAUUCUCUUGCGAGAGACUCUACUUCUUGUCCCUCGACUUGCAGAGGCUCUGAGUGGAGCUAAGUGUAGCCUCUUAACCAGCGUACGAGAUAUUGUCUGCAAGAAGCAAGCAUUUCCAAUUUUAUUAAAAGAAAUUGAGCACAUUCUUGACGAGGACGUCAUGCACUCAAGGUCUCCAUUCAUUGCUCGAACACAACAAUGUUUCGCAAUCAAGGCUGGGUUUGAUGGCUUCUUGGACGUCGCCAGGCGCACGUUUUGUGCAACUAGUGAAGCUAUUCACUCUCUGGGGAAGUCCUACCGUGAGCAGUAUUCUCUUCCGAAUCUUCGACUCCCAUUCAACAACAGACGAGGGUUUUAUAUCAGAGUUCCAGUGAAAGAUGUGAAGGGGAAAAAGCUUCCACCCAACUUUCUCCAGGUAUAGUGAGCUCCACAUAUUUCUACGUUUAUGACAAGGGUUUGGACCAUAACUGUGGCAUGUCAGGUCAACAAGAAUGGAAAGAACUACCAGUGCACAACACAAGAGCUGGUCUCGCUCAAUAUUCGGAACAAGGAAGCUUCAGCUGAGUGUUUUCUUCGAGAAGAGCGCUGCCUCGAAGGAUUGUGUCAGCGAAUUAGGGAGGAGCUGACUGUGUUCUCUUCACUUUUGGAGAGUGUAUUCCUCCUUGACAUGAUCACCAAUAGCUUUGCAUUUAUUGUAACUACAAGCCCGGUGGACAGCUAUGUCCGCCCUGAGUUUACAGGUACAUACAGGCGGCUCAAUGUUAUUGCAUUCAGUUAAGUGUGAUAUUUGGCACCUUCUUACAUUGGCUCAGACCAUGGUCCUUUGGCCAUUGAUGGUGGUCGACAUCCAAUCGCUGAGGGGCUUCUCCAAGAUGCAUUUGUGGAAAACAACACGUUCAUGUCAGAGGCCUCAAAUGCUAUGAUUAUUACUGGUCCCAACAUGAGUGGAAAGAGCACCUACCUUCGCCAGGUGGCCUUGCUGACUAUCCUGGCUCACAUCGGCUGCUAUGUCCCUGCUCGGUUUGCAUCUUUCCGAGUGGUUGAUCGUAUAUUUACAAGAAUUGGGACUGGAGAAAGCAUUGAGGAGAACUCCAGCACGGUGCAUGUGCUUGCCAUUUUUACACUUCUUUACCCAGUGCAUUUUCGCUCUAGCUCAGAGUGUUCUUUGCUUGCAGUUCCUGACAGAGAUGCGUGAAACUGCAUUCUUGAUGGACCAUCUUACUCCAAGGAGCCUUGUGGUCGUUGAUGAAUUGGGAUGUUCGACAUCAACGCUUGAUGGUCUUGCGAUUGCAUGGAGCUGUUGUGAACACCUUCUCACAUUUCCGUCAUACAUAAUCUUUGCAACUCAUAUGAAGCAGCUUGGAGAGCUGGCCUCCAUUUAUCCCAAUUGCAAAGUGUGCUACUUCUCAGUCGCAGUCAGCAACGAGCGACUUGCAUACAAGUACGUUCUGAAGGAAGGGUACACUGAUGUCCCACACUAUGGUUUGCGGCUCGCUGAAGCUAUGGGUUUUCCAGCACCAGUCAUGGGUGAAGCACAGCGAAUUGCUGAUAUAAUGGAACAGCAGGGAUCACGCCGGUUGGAAAUUGGCUACAGCAAGUUUACAGCGCUUCGCCGAGAUUACAUUGUCGCCCAGCGUCUGCUAUGCCUACAGCAAUCCAGUCUCGGUGACUCAGAGCUGAAGGAUUAUCUGCUGAACCUUAAGGCCAGCUACCUGGAUGGUAGUCUGGUUUGAGCUCGGCACUGAAACUCUGGGAAGGCCAUGAUGCAUUGAGUGCACUGCCCAAAAGCAUCUAAACAUCCUACUGUACCACGUACCGUAGCAGCAUUCAGAGAAUACCAGCUGCCUUGAUGGAACUGAGCCAUGUCUGAAAGGUGACAUGCGCAGAACAAACGGCAUUUAUGGUCGUGGCUCCGAGGUAUUGUUUAAACUACCUUGUCAGCGGAAACGGUCUUGCAGUUGGUGCAUCGCAAAUAGUGGAUUCACAUCACUAGGUUUUGGUACGGUAGUAGUUACAAGAGUGGAAGAGCUCGUUGACUCCUGGAUCUGAGCAGUUCACGAGGAAGAGUGAAAGGAGGGAGAGAUGUUAAUGAAACGAAUGAUUACUAGAGGUGGAAACCUAGAACAAAUACUAGUUGGUUGUACUCACUAGAAGCAUACCUCAGUCUAGCCUAUAACUUCUAC